AGUUAAAACGCAACUUUUUACUGUAAGAUUUGCAUUUCCCGCUUCCUCCCUCUCUUUCCAUUCGUCGACUGCUUUACCGACACAAACCACGUGACCGAAGACCGGGAAAAAUCAAUAAUUUUGACAACUACCAUUGGACAUUAUUCUAUUUAUUUUUUUCGUGUAUUCAAACAAUUCCUGCAGAAUGAUGCAAGAAUACGACGAUGAUUUCUUUUUCGAAGAGGACAAAAUGUAAGAGCGGUUCGUUUGGUGUCGAAUUGUUGUGUUUUAGUCCUUAUCGGUCCUUAUCAUUCCUAACUUCCUUUCAUUUGUAUUGCAGUGUUUAAGUUAGUCGCUGUUAGCUGUUUUAGUUGUUGAAUACUAUAUUUGUUUUGGUGUUUUUUGAUGUGGUGUCCAGAAAAUUACAUCUUUGCCUUCGAAGAUCCCAGGAUGUAUCCGCAACUGAGUGCCUUACACAACAUGUUUGAAGAUAAAAUGGGUAUGACAGUAACGUCGGGAAGCGUAGCACUAAGUAAAGAUGAGAAAAAUUUAAUAGGAAUAAGUAUAGGAGGCGGUGCGCCUCUUUGCCCGUGCCUAUAUAUAGUACAGAUAUUUGACAAUACACCAGCUUCUAGAGAUGGAACGUUGCAGAGCGGCGAUGAAUUGGUCGGUGUUAAUGGACAAUCUGUGAAAGGGAAAACCAAAGUAGAAGUAGCCAAGAUGAUACAAGCAGCAAAAGACGAAGUGACUAUUAAUUAUAACAAACUUCAUGCUGACCCAAAGCAAGGAAAAUCUCUAGACAUAAUAAUGAAAAAAAUGAAGCAUAGAUUAGUAGAGAAUAUGUCUUCAGGGGCAGCUGACGCCCUGGGACUGUCUAGAGCUAUACUAUGUAAUGAUACACUCGUAGCCAAGCUGGACGAACUGAGAGAUACAGAAACUACUUAUAAAAGACUCGUAGAAAAUGCUAAAAGGAUGUUAAAAGCUUACUUCGACUUGAUACAAACGUACAAGUCGUUAGGAGACAUUUUCGCCGCUAUUGGUGUGAGGGAGCCACAAGCGCGCGCCUCUGAAGCCUUCAGUAAAUUCGGUCAAUAUCAUCGUGAAUUGGAGAGAGAUGGCAUCAAGAUGCUGAAAGCUUUAAAGCCGAUAUUAUCAGACAUGGGCACUUAUCUCAAUAAAGCUAUACCGGACACAAAGUUAACUAUACGAAAAUACGCAGAUACAAAGUUUGAGUAUCUCUCAUACUGUUUGAAAGUGAAAGAGAUGGACGACGAAGAGUACGGUUACAACGCACUACAGGAGCCCCUGUACAGAGUGGAAACUGGGAAUUAUGAAUACAGGCUCAUAUUACGUUGCCGGCAAGAAGCAAGAGCAAGGUUCGCUCGCUUGCGUUCAGAUGUGCUAGUAAAGUUGGAACUGUUGGAAAAUAAGAAGACACAAGAUGUCGCCUACCAACUUAGGAGGUUUAUAAAAGGACUAGCUGUCUAUCAUAAUGAUACGGCAGAACAUCUCAAGGAAAAUUCUGCACUGUUCCCUGUGGAAGUGGACUUGUCCCAAAACGCCUUCCAGUACAAAUCUACAACACAAAUUAUACAGGAUCAUCCGGAAGAUGAAGAUGAAAUAGAAUACGCCAAAGAAAUACAUGAAUACCAUGACCUACCUGACACUGAGAGGGAACCUAAAGUUGUUAACAGAAGACAGAACAAAGAUAAAGAUGAAGACACCACAGAGCAACUGUUGCCUGGUCUUGAAAGCUCUGACGUCCUAGAUAGUGCUGUCAAACUGGACAAUGUCGACAAUUUAACACUUUUGACAGAACUAGGCCUUGCUGAUACUAAUAUGCCGCUAGACAGCGAUUUUGGCGAAUUUCAAAAUGGAGCGAUGGAUGCCUUUCUGCCAAAUACUAGUAAUGAUGAUGUUUUUGAUAAACUGUUGAGUGAGCUCGAUAUUGGAAAAUAGGCUCUAAUGUUUAAUGUGUGCUUUAAUUAAAUUAUUUACUCUGUUGAUAAAACCGUUUCUUUUUUAUCUACUAGCAACCCAACAAAUGUCACCUUGUAAAGUAUUUAACACCUAUUACCUAUUACAAUUAAAAUAAUAAAAAGCUUGAUUUUAUCAUUCAACUGUGUAGUCACACUUUGUAGUUAACAGUAUGAUAUGACAACCAAAAAUUACCUCAAUUUCAGGGUACUACAAGCAUCAAUAUAAGAAGGUGUAAAUAUGAGAAAUGAUAAUACCUCCCAAUUUAUUAAACUAAAUAUAAACUUUUAAACAUGUGGUGAUUUUAAAUAAGAGUCCGCUCUAAGAACACAUCUUAAACCCUUAUUUCCCUUUCUAUGUAACAAAACGAACGAAAAAUACUAGCUGCUUAAAUUACUUUUUUUCCUAGAACAAAGUCUAGUGGAACAGUUUUUCGAAUUUCACUAGUGCUUGUUAGCCUACAUGGAAUUUAUUUUAUUUUAUUUUUUUUUUAUUUUAUACAAUAUACACGAUAUAAAUUUGGUUUUAUCUUGGUCUAGCCAAAUUCUCACUGUGAUCAUUCCCUUCAUAUAUUUUAUGAUUCCUCACAAUGUCCAUAUUCUUUUAAUCUUCCUCUGCACCAUUCA